GCGCGUCUUGCCUCUGAAAUCUCCGCAGCGUGUGAAGAAAACACGGGAAGGCAGCUCAGUUGACAUCUCACAAUUGUUAUAUUUUUAAAUUCACCGACAGCGACGUUUUGUGGAAGUGUUCAGAUAAAAGUGAGGCUCAGGUUAGCUUUACUCGCGGUGGUAUUAGUAGUUUUUUUUCGGUUGUUUUGCUCGCGUUUUAGCCCGCUGACAGCAUGGACAACACGCAGGGGAAUGCGAUCGAUAUCCACGAGGACGAGGAGAUCAUCGAAGUCAUCGAUCUGGACGAGAUGGAGCCUGAUCCCGAUGAUUUGGCUGAUGACCUGGAGGACGUUGACUUUGAAGACGCUGGGAACGCAGAUGAUGACGAAGGCUGGGAAACCGAGGACGAGAUGGAAGAAGAUCAGGAUGACAGCGAGCUCACCUUCUCCAAACACACUGGCUCAGUGUUUUGCGUGAGUUUGGAUCCGGCGACAAACAGCAUGGCUGUAACAGGAGGAGAGGACGAUAAGGCCUACGUUUGGAGGGUGAGCGACGGAGAAGUUCUGAUGGAGUGCACCGGUCACAAAGACUCUGUGACGAGCGCCGUGUUCAGCCAUGACUCCUCCAUGGUGGCUACAGGCGACAUGAGCGGCAUGAUUAAAGUCUGGAAAGUAGAAACCAAAGAGGAGAUCUGGUCCUUCGAAGUGGGAGAUCUGGAGUGGUUGGAGUGGCAUCCCUGCGCUCCGGUGCUGCUGGCGGGCGCAGACGACGGCAACGUGUGGAUGUGGAAGAUCCCCUCGGGAGACUGUAAAACCUUCCAGAGUUCUGCAUGCCAGGCCACCAGCGGCAAAAUCCUCCCUGAUGGUAAACGGGCUGUGGUGGGUUACGAGGAUGGAACGGUACGCGUGUGGGAUUUGAAGCAGGGAAACGCCGCCCACGUCAUUAAAGGUCAGGACGGACACAAGGGGGCGCUGACCUGCCUGGCGUGUAACAAGGACGGCUCUCUGGUGCUGACUGGUUCAGUGGACGGUUUCGCCAAACUCAUCAACACCGUCACAGGCAAAGUGGUCGGAGCGUUCUCUGUGGAUGGAGGCAAAGCCAAAGGGGCGAAGGAUGAUGCCGAAUCCAACUCUGUCGAAUCUGUGGGAUUCUGCAACAUCCUGCCUCUCAUUGCUGUGGCGUACCUGGACGGGACUCUGGCCAUAUAUGACCUCUCCUCACAGGUCCUGAGGCACAGGUGCCAACACGAGGCUGGCAUCGUUCACCUGCAGUGGGAAGAGUCUUCUUCUGUGGUGUCCACUUGCUGCUUAGACGGAGCGCUGCGCCUCUGGGACGCCCGUUCUGGCAGCAUUGUGUCCGAGUACCACGGCCACACUGCCGAGAUCCUCAACUUCACCAUCAACAGGGAAGCGUCUCUCGCAAUCACCGCCUCAGGAGACAACCAGGCGAAAGUGUUCUGCCUCCAGAGACCCGAUCGGUAAAGAAAGACGGAAGAAGAGUGGAGGAAAUCUAGCAGAGACAUUUCAUGAUCAGACUCUUUGGUUCUCCAAUACUUGAGAACGUGUUCCCCUUCUCCUCAGGAUUUUAAAAUGUGUCGUCUCACCAUCGUAUCUGACCUGCUUUAGGGGGAUUGUAGCAUCCAAAAGUUACUUUUUCCAGUUUUCAUCAGGACUUUAAGAUAAAUCAAGGAGGCCUAAAUAAACUGAAAGAGAAAGAGAGAGUUUUUGAUCUUGUCUACACAGAAGUUCAAAUCUGAAGCUGUUCCUCAUAGCUUCUCUUGAGUAGCUCUUGUUCAGGAAUCUGAAACACUAAACAGAGGAGAAGAGUGAUACAUUACAGUGGCUGCUGCCUUUGACAUCCCUUUUAAUGUUCUUUCCAAAAUGUUUUGUUAGAGUGAAAACAAGUCAGAAAGAAGAAACUCCUUUGUUUUAAGUUUUUCCAUAAUUUGAUUUUUUUUUUUGUCCUAGCUUACUCCCUGAGGUUGUGUAUGUUUGGUCUUCCAGCUCUCAGACACAUUGUUCGGUCAGGAAUUUUCUGGCCAAGUUUUUGAUGUAAACUGAAGUGUAAAUACAACAUAAUAAAUAAUUGACUUUC